AUGAACGAGCCCAAGAAGCCUCGGCUGGAAGCGGAGCAAGGUGGGGAUGACGCGGACCAGGGCGUCCUCAAGGCCAUGGAGGGCCUGGAAUCGCUGCAGGAUGAAUUGGACAAGGUGAACGACGAGGCCAGCGAGAAGGUGCUCCAGCUGGAGCAGCAGUACAACAAACAGCGCAAGCCGAUCUACGCGCGGCGCGGCCAGAUGAUCGCCAAGAUACCCGAGUUCUGGAAGACGGCGUUCCUGAACCACCCGGUGCUGUCGGACCUCAUCACAGAGGACGACGAGGAGGCGCUCUUCUUCCUGGCGGAGGUGAUGGUGGACGACUCCGAGGACAUAAAGAGCGGCUUCAAGAUCACGUUCCGGUUCAACGCCAACCCCUACUUUGAGGAUGGGGAGCUCCAGAAGUCUCUGACCUUUGCAGAGGAUGGGACGCUGCAGGUGGACGGGACGCCGCCCAACUGGAAGGACGGCAUGGGGCCCUCUCAAAAUUACACGGUCCAGGAUGGCAAGAGGGGCAGAGAGCAUGUGUACAGCUUCUUUCAAUGGUUUGUGGAGUCUGGCACACUGGACAGCGGGCACCAGGACGAGAUUGCGGCCAUCAUCAAGGACGAAAUCUGGCCCAACCCAUACAAAUUCUACCAGAACGAUCUGGAGGACUUUGAUGGUUUCAAUGUGGGCCCAGACCCUGAGGUGUUUGACGAAGAUGAGGAAGGUGAUGAGGAUGACUUCGACGAAGGGUACGAUGAGGCGGAGUGUCCGGACGGGCGCGGGCCGAAUUCCGUCCCGCCCCCUGCUGGCGGGGUCCCCAGAGAGUACGAGCAGGACGACGAAGACGGGGAGGACGAGGAGGAGGAAGACGAGCGGGAGGGCUGA